CGCUGACAAACACUGCAGUAUUAUCUAGACACGCUCAAUGGCAACCAUUCAAAAAACCUAAAUAGCAAACUUGGGGAGAAGAGCCCUUUGCAAAAAAAGAGCAAAAGGAAAUGAAACAGGAAGUCAACAUAAUGGAGGACGGUUUUCAAGGCCAUAAGCCACCUACUUUGGUAUACAUGUUGAAGAUCAAGAAUGAAUGCGUUCGAGUGGUCCUGGCAGAGAUCCUCUGCACAUUUAUCAUGAUGGUGUUCGGCCUUGGUUGUGUUGCACAAGUGGUCACAGGAAAUGGUUUUUUUGGAGAUUACCUCAGCAUAAAUAUAGGUUUUGGACUGAGUGUGGCUAUGGGUGUGCACAUUGGUGGAAAAGUGUCAGGAGCUCAUAUGAAUGCAGCUGUUUCGUUCACAAUGUGCGUGUUUGGCCGUUUGCGCUGGAAGAUGCUGCCACUGUAUGUUUUCGCCCAGUUUCUGGGUUCAUUCCUCGCUGCCGGGACCAUUUUUUCACUUUAUUACGAUGCUAUACAUCAUUAUUGUGGGGGCAAUUUCACUGUGUCUGGUCCCAAAGCAACAGCUGGGAUCUUUGCCACAUAUCCAGCACCUUACAUCUCAAUCUACACUGGAUUCCUCGACCAGGUUGUGGGCACCGCCAUGCUGUUGCUGUGUCUGAUGGCUCUGGCGGACCAGAGAAACCAGCCGGUUGCGUCCGGAGGUGAGCCUGUGGGUGUGGGGCUCGUGGUGCUGCUCAUUGGUGUCUCUCUGGGGAGCAACAGCGGCUAUGCCAUCAAUCCCACACGAGAUUUUGGGCCAAGAGUCUUCACACUGAUGGCAGGUUGGGGCAUGGAAGUUUUCAGGGCAGGAAAUGGAUGGUGGUGGGUACCUUUGGUGGCCCCCUUUAUUGGUGGAGUGACGGGGGCUUUAAUCUACAAAGCAUUUGUAGAGCUACACCACCCUGAUCUUAAAAGCACUAAGACACAGUCUACUGAAGAUCCUGAAUGUGUUCCUCUGGGAAAGUGCAAGAAUGGCAGUGCAGAGAUAUCUGUGUGAGACCUGCUCAAGUUAAGGACCAAGAAUGUUACAGAGACCAAAGAAAGAAAGUGCCAUUUCUACAGAGGGAAGGUAGGAUGUUUCCAGGAAUAAUAUGAAAAAUGGAUAACGGUUGAAAAGCCUAUGGGGUUCAUUUUUUCAGGCAAACUUUCUCGUUCCAGUGUGUACUACAGUACUUCCUUUUGAGUUAUAGAGGAAUAAGCUUAUGAAGAAUCUCAAGACUCAGGAUUGUCCAUGUUUGAUCUUUAAUAAAUACACACACACACACAUACACACAGACUUAUGGGCAUCAAUAGAUGAAAUUCAGCUGCUAAAGUCCCAGCAUAAGCCAAAAGAACAGUCAACACGCCUGUAUGUAAGUUGGGACGGCGGGGUCACCGUUUAGUCACGCCGUGUCUCCACGAGAUCCCCUGUCCUUUGGCUGUACUGCCGCCGCUUGCUGGGACCUGCGCUGGCUGCUUCUUCUUGGGAGUGGGUGGCUUGGCCUUGCCACGGAACGCCUUGGCUGGGUCCAGCUUGUUCAAUAAAGGUUCACUGGAUGUGUCAAGAUGGGGAUCGCCAUAGAACGUCAGGGGUUGGUAGAGAGCGGCCCAUUGCUGUAUCAAGAAAUCAAUGGAGAAGUUGCUUUGUAGCAGUUGUUUACAUAAUGAAAGUGUGAACAUUCACUAUUGAAAGGGUGGAUUCUGCUUCAAUCUAUAUCCAAUGAAUGAUUAUUAUCAAGGUAUUAAUCAAUAUUUUCCUUCUAAAUAUAAAAUUGAAUGACUUCUCUAGGCUUUUGAGAUUUUACUUAGUAAUUGGAUUUACCAGUGUGAUUACUGAAAUGUUCUUUUCAUGAACGCAGUAACAGUGCUUCAACAUGUGUUAAAACAUAUGUAUAUAUAUAUAUAUAUAUAUAUAUAUAUCUGUUCCUCAAGCCCACCAUGACAACUAUAGGUCACAAGGGUUAUUGGAACCAAUAGUUGAAAUGACCAUUUCUUAGUUAAAGCAUUUACUUUGCUUAUCUAUAUUAAAGCGUCCUCUCAUUGACAGAAAGGACACAUUAUCUGGAUAUUUUGGGGAGAGCCGACUGUUGAUAGUUAGAGCCUGACCAAAUCCAACCUUGAAGAAGCUGUGUGUCUGUGUGUGUUUAAGCAUUCUUGGUUAGUGGCAUUAUUGUAGAUUGACUGACUUGUUUUCUACAACAUGCUGGCGCCUAGACAUACAGUCUUGUGACCUCGGAGGGACACUCCCGUACGUAACUCAGGGUCCUGGUGGCAGCUGCACAGACUAUCCAUGUGUGGAAUUUUUUUAUGUUUAUCUAAUUCUUAGCCAAUCAGAAUCAACCUGUAGCAAGGAUGUAGCUCAGACCUUGGUGAAGGGUAUAAUUGCUGAGUGGCCAACAAACUCCUUGUGAGUCCUAAGCUGACUUCUGCUGGAUAAAUCUUCUAACUAUCUUCAGUAAAAAUGUUAUUUAAUUUAUUAUGUUACUGACUCCUGUAUUAAAUUGACUGGACUCCUAA